GGGCGGGCGCGCGGGCAGCGCGGGGCGCGGAGCGGCCGCGCAGGGGCGGCGCAGCAUGAGCGGGCGCCCCCCCGCGGCCGCCGGCGCAGCGCCCCCGCGCCAUGGAGGGAUUCCCCGCCCGCGGGUACGGCACCGGCGGCGCGGACAACCGGCCGCUCUUCGGGGAGACCUCGGCCAGGGACAGAAUCAUCAAUCUAGUUGUUGGUGGCUUAACAACCUUGCUGCUUGUAGUCACUCUAAUCAGUGCUUUUGUCUUCCCGCAACUACCUCCAAAACCUGUGAAUGUAUUUUUUGCUUUCUGCAUCUCCUUGUGUUGCAUUUCUGCUGGCAUUCUUAUCUACUGGUAUCGACAAGGAGACCUGGAACCCAAAUUUAGAAAUCUAAUUUACUACAUAUUGUUUUCUAUUGUCAUGUUAUGUAUAUGUGCCAACCUGUACUUCCAUGAAGUGGGUAAAUGAAGGACAUUGGGAAUACCCAGCAAUGACGCUACUGUGUCAGACUGCUUCCAGCUCAGCUCUCAGCUCUACUCGACAUUUAAGUGAGAACCAUCAGCCUGAGAGGAAAGAAGUGGGUUGUGCAAGGAUAAAUCAGUACAUGAUUUUCAUGUAAAUGUAUAUGUAAUGUCCCUCUUGUUGGGGAGAAUUAUUGCCAUAAGACGUGACAUUCUGCUUUUUUUUGAAGAGCUACUGUUGCGCUUAAUGAACAU